UAGUGUUCUCUGGCGGAGCCAAACAGUCUUUAACUAUGCGCUCUGCGCACCCCGCCGGAGAUCUCGUCGAGGACGCCCAUGGCGGAACCUCAGUCGAGCAUGUACCGCCUGCUGCUCGGCCGGUGCCGGAGCUUGGAGGCCAGCCACGUCAGACUCCGGGCCGAGUUUCAUGAGCUCCAGCACCAGAAGACGAUAGCGGAGACGGCGGAGGAGGAGGGGGAAGAUGCUAUCGUGAUGCUGACGUCAGAGUACUCGGUCCCGCACCGCAUACGGGGGUUCUUCCUGUCCGGGAGUCCGUACCGGAACAUAUUGGACAACAUGGGCCACGCCGUCCACGUCUGCACCGCCACCGGCGGGGAGAUCCAGUACUGGAAUCGUGCGGCCGAGAAUCUCUACGGAUGGAAGGACUAUGAAGCGCUUGGACAAAGGGUUGCUGAACUCCUCAUUGCUGAAGACUACUAUGCACCUUUGAAGACGAUUAUGGAAAGAUUGAGUAUUGGCUUAACAUGGUCGGGUCAAUUUCCGUUCAGAAAGAGGUCGGGAGAGGUAUUUAUGGCGAUGGUGACGAAAAGCCCACUGUAUGAUGAUGGUGACCUUGUUGGUAUCAUCACCGUCUCAAGGGAUGCGACAUUGUUCAAUAGAAUAGAAGCAGAAAAGAAGCGUGAGCAUAGGGGAUGGCAAUUAAACUGGAAUAAGAGCCAGUUACACUCAGGCCGGCCACCGGUUGCACCAGUGCCACAGAUUGCAUCAUCUGUUUCCAAUCUGGCCUCCAAACUGCUCUCACGAAAUGAUGACAAUGGAUGCAAUCCAAGUGAGUUUAACAAGGCUAGGGAGAACUCAACAGCAGACACUGCAAAUGCUAACUUAGAGAAAGCUGGUGCAUUAGCGGCAAAGUUCUUGGCAAAGUUGAACAUUAAAGGAGCCAACAAAGGUGGGAAACAAGAAUUCGCAACAUCUCAGGAAAAUGGCAAAAGUGAAACUAGUAUAUGUAGCAAUGAAGUGAAAGAGCAAUCUGAUUCCCCUAGAAAUUUAAACCCAUCAAGUUUAUAUGGGCAUAAGAAUCCAAUUGAUUUGGAUAUGAGUUCUAACUUAGUGUCUUCAAGGGAGUUCAAGGAGUCCUUUGGGUUGCAUGGACCAAGUCAUAUAUUGCCAAGUUUACUAUAUGCAAAUGAUCUGGAGCCUGAAGAUUGCAACUUGAGUACUUCAGAGGUAGAAGAGGCAGUGGAAAGACAACGAGAUGGUCAACCAUUACCAAGUUCAGGAGAGAGCACUCACAGCCCCAGUAGUUCAUCAAGCAAAGGGGAUACUGAUUCUCCUUCCAUAGGAGGUUGUGAGAUUCUUUGGGAGGACCUACAUUUGGGAGAGGGAAUUGGACAAGGUUCAUGUGCUAUUGUGUAUCGUGGAAUGUGGAAUGGAUCGGAUGUUGCCAUCAAGGUUUACUUUAAAAAUGAAUACAAUGAGGGGAUUUUACGUGAUUACAGAAAGGAGAUUGAUAUAAUGAAAAGAUUGCGGCAUCCUAAUGUACUGCUAUUUAUGGGAGCGGUAUAUUCUCAAGAACGUCUUGCUAUUGUCACAGAGUACUUACCUAGGGGAAGUCUUUUCAGACAACUUCACAAAAACAAUCAAGCAUUGGAUACUAAACGACGUAUGAGGAUGGCCCUUGAUGUUGCGAGAGGUAUGAAUUACUUGCAUCGUAGAAAUCCACCAAUAGUUCACAGAGACUUGAAAUCGUCUAACUUGCUGGUUGAUAAGAACUGGACUGUCAAGGUUGGAGACUUUGGUCUGUCCAAGUUCAAGAACGCAAGCUUCUUGACUGCAAAAUCUGGGAGAGGAACACCUCAGUGGAUGGCACCUGAAGUCCUCCGUAAUGAACCUUCAAAUGAGAAGUCUGAUGUAUAUAGCUUUGGUGUCAUCCUUUGGGAACUAAUGACUGUAUCUGUCCCAUGGAAUAACCUCAAUCCCUUGCAGGUUGUUGGAGUUGUAGGCUUCAUGGACAGAAGAUUAGAGAUACCAGAAGGCAUUGAUUCCGAAGUGGUAUCCAUUAUCGAAGACUGUUGGCAAAGCAGUGACCCAGGACAACGUCCAUCGUUUGAAGAUAUAAUUCAUAAAAUGAAGGAGCUAGUUGUUAAAGGUGAAGCAGCUUCUGUAAGAAGUGCAAAUCCUUAAAUAUUAGAUGGUGUAGAUUGCUGUUAGAAAUAUAGCUUGCUGCUAAUCAUCAAUGAACAGUUGAGAAGCCUAACACAAAAUGUUUCAAUUUUCA